AUGGUGCACCUCACUCCCCAGUCCGUCGCCCUCCUCAUUCAGAACCCGAACAACCCGACUGCAGCCAUAAUUGCCUUCGCCAUCUUCUUCAACAUCGUCGCCACCGCCCCUCUGGCCGGAAAUGCCGCUCUCGAGCGAUCAGCUAUCUUGCAGGCUCUCUGGUAUCUCCCCUGCCAGGGGCCAUAUGCGGAGCUUCUGCGCAACUUGAAGAUGUAUGCCCACCAUGUGGAUACCCAACAAGGACUCACACCAGCAGCCCAAGCCUUCAUCCGAAACGAGCAGGUGAUAGUACAUAGGCUGCUGACAAGGAUGACACUCUCUACAUACCAGCCUACUCCAGAGGAGUCGGCUUUCAUGCAUCAGGUGUCUUUCUCUGGCGACGUUGAACGAUGGACGAGGAUGAACUACAUGCUCGCUCCGUACAACGUGCAGGUGCUGAUGCGGACGGAUGCAUAA